ACAGUUGAAAAACAAAAUUUCUUCUAAACAGUGCUCAGCCAGGAAUACAUUUUUAAAAAUGACAAAAGUUUUUGCAGUACUUUCAGUCCUGGCUGUGUUAGCAACAUCUAUUUAUGCCGGACCCGUGGAGAGGAAACCUCCAUUGCCCGCAAGUGAUCUCUCCACUGCCGAUUCCAUGGGCUAUGGCUACUAUGCGGUUCCUUUUCCUGGCUACUACAAUGGAUACGGCGGAUAUGGAGGGGGAUACAAGUACGGAGGAUACCACGGUUAUCGCAGCUAUGGAAGAACUUACUAUAGUCCCCAAAUGUAUCCCGUCUGGGGCUAAGACCGAUGAGACAGAUAUGAUCGUGACCUAAGAAAUUGUGAGAAAUUCCCUAAAAAUACUUCUGCAAAUUUUCGCCUAAUGCCAUGCUACGAGUGUUUGACCCCAGAAACAAUUAAGACAGCACCGGCAUAACUGCAAUAAAAGCAAACACUCUUACAUA